AUGCAAGAGUUGCAGCAAACAAUCGCAGCGCAGCAACUGGCUGCACAGCGGGAACCACCUGUCCCAAUUGGUGAGAGGAACCUACUGCGUAACAUCCCUGCUACGCGCUCUUCUAUCGCUCCACCACCAUGUCAAAGGGCAAACUUUGAGAUAAAACCCGACAUGAUCAAUCUUUUCCAGAGAAAGAUGUUCCAUGGACUGUCAGCUGAGAUACCAAUGGAACACAUUGAAGCUUUUGAAGAGAUAUGCAGUUUCACUCGUGCAAACGGCGUCCCACCCGACUACAUCAAAUGCAUGUUGUUUCCAUUUUCUCUAGAGGACAAGGUUAGAGCAGCUUUCUUGGGCCACUUCUACACGAAAGCCAAAACAACUGCCCUAAGGAACAAGAUCUCCUCCUUCAAGCAACUCGCUAAUGAACCUUUCAAUGAAGCGUGGGAAUGGUUUAAUGAUACCCUCGGAGAGUGUCCUCAUCACGGGUUUGACGAUGACCAUGUACUAGGAAUCUUCUACGAUGGUGUAGAAUGGGAGUUCCGCAAUGCUCUAAAUGCAGCGAGCAAUGGAGAUUUCAUGACUCAAACCACAGAAGGAGCUCACGCGCUAAUAGAGAACAUGGCAGCUAGUUUGUCCAACAAAAACGAGGAGACUGACCGUUCCAAGAAGGUGAACAGCAUGGACACUAGGAAGAUUGAUGACCUCGCCGCUAAGGUCGAUCUGCUGCUCAAGAACAAUCAGAAUCAGAUCUAUGUCAAGGAACAACCCGCAUCUGUUCUCAUACAAGACCAAUCCGGACAACUCCAACGACCGAUCUCAGGGAAAUCAGUUCCAAAACACUGGAUAUCAGAAGCCAUACCUUCAGAAUCAAAAUCAGAAUGGAAAGAUGUUCAUCCUCAGCCAAGCACAAAAUUAGUUCCAGAACAGGCAGAACAAUCCGCAAGCUACUCCAGCAACAGCGAGCGGUCCGCCAGAUGA